AUUCAAUCAGAUCAACUGCGGGCAUCCUGCGAGAGCCAGACGCCAGGACGCUGCAUCACACUGGGACCGAUUCAGGGCUUUUCUGCUGCGUCUUUUCCUUUUUUGUUGUUCUUUUUUUUGGAUUCCGUUCUCAACAAAGGCUGUCGCCAUUAUCAGCGCCAUGAAGGAAAGGAGGAACACGCAGCCGCUGGUGGUCAGGUGUAAACUGGUUCUAGUGGGAGACGUCCAAUGCGGAAAAACGGCGAUGUUGCAAGUGUUGGCGAAGGAUUGUUACCCGGAGACCUACGUGCCCACGGUGUUUGAAAACUACACAGCCUGUCUGGAGCUGGAGGAGCAGCGAGUGGAGCUGAGUCUGUGGGACACCUCAGGUUCCCCAUAUUACGACAAUGUGAGGCCUCUGUGCUACAGCGACUCGGAUGCAGUGUUGCUGUGUUUUGACAUCAGCCGCCCCGACACCGUAGACGGGAGUCUGAAGAAGUGGAAAACCGAGAUCCUGGACUUCUGUCCCAGCACGCGUAUCCUGCUCAUUGGCUGUAAGACGGAUCUGCGCACGGACGUGUGCACGCUGAUGGAGCUGUCCAACCAAAAGCAGACUCCCAUCGCCUACGAGCAGGGGGCCGCCAUGGCCAAGCAGCUGGGCGCCGAGGCCUACCUGGAGUGCUCGGCGUUCACCUCGGAGAAGAGCAUCCACAGCGUCUUCCGCACGGCGGCCAUGGCCUGCAUCAACAAGCUGCAGCCGCUCCCCAAGCCCAGCCCCACCCGCCGCCUCUCCAAAAGACUGCUCCACCUGCCCAGCAAGUCCGACCUGCUCUCCUCCACCUUCAAGAAGGAGAAGGCCAAGAGCUGCUCCGUCAUGUGAGUGGGGACCCCCUGGGUUACGGCUCUGUGCGACCCCGGCCCCCGCCUCUUUGGUCUCGGGGAAGGGGGGGUGGGCACGAUGGUUUUAUCAGGGGCUUCCUGCUGAAUCCUUCCCUCACCCCCCCACAAACCAAACGCCCCUCAGAAGAGGUGGACACACUGCUGUCCACUUGCUCCUGAACCUUGUCAGCGCACAUUCAUCUUCUCCCACAACUGUUAAUCUUGCUUUCAAACAAUAUCCGUGGAGGUAUGAUCCUCGAGCUGUCAUUUCUUCACAUUGUAAACAGUAUGCAACUAUAACGGUGUGACAUCUGUCUGACUUUACUCUUUUUAAGGCACAUGUUGAUUCUGUCCACAUUGGAAAUGUGCAACGCGUGCCGUUUUGAUCUCGUGACGUAAAUGCCUCUCAGACAAAUCAAUGGAUAUUUUUCUAAGUGCGACACUAAACCCAGCAUGAACCUGUCAGGGGUUAGCCUGACCCUGUGCAUCCUGCUUAGCGAGGCGUGACGCGGCUCGUGGCUCCGCCCCCGUUCGGGAGCGCCGGGGCGGGCCGCGAGCCGGUGCCGCCGCGUGGAUGGCGGUCCAGACUGCGUGGAGGCGUGGCCCCGGGCGGCUCCGCCUCAGUGGAGGAGGCUGAAGUAGCUGCAGAAGCGAUGGCGCUAGAGAACGAGGGCUUCCGGCGUCUCUGCUGUUGGAGUCUAUCCUGAAACCUCCAAAUUUGGCUUCUGGGGCAGAUCUUUUAUUAGACACAAAUAAGACUGUGGUUACCGGGGCGGUUCCGCGCUGUAAUUCCUGACUGGUUCUCGAUGCCAGCCCAUGUGCGGCUCUUCCAUGCAGACGCUCCACUAAAGUCAGCAUGUAGUUUCAAAAAAACGACUCCCGUGAUUUGUAGCAUUGUGUUGUUGACGCCGCUUCAACACUUCUCUAAUGGGACGCAGCUGCAGCCAAAUGCCUUUCAUCUCCUUUUCCCAGAGGUCACCGGGGUUCUAUUCGACUCCUGUAAGAUGCCUGUGGAUCCAAUGUAGCAGCCCCAACGUGACGCUCCUCUUCCAAAGCGACUCCAGUCCUCGUGUUCGUACACUCUAUUUACCUCCAAUAAGCGCUACUUUACUGUAGAAUGCAGCGUCAGCAAACGUGUGACCGUCGUUUCUAAGCUUAAAUCUCUGGCUUCAUGGUUGCGCGCGUGCGGCAUCGAUCUCUGUGCUUCGAACCAUAAAGCAAUAAGGAUUUAAGCGCUUUGUGAUGCAAGGUAACGCGUGUGGCAAUAAAGACGCAGCUUUGUGAUUCCCGUCAUGCUGUAAUAAGCGCUCAGCGGACGUCCGUGUUCGGCUGAAACCAUCUCCGCUGUAAAGAAGCUGAUGCUCUGUGAUCGCCUCCCCUCCUCUGUGAGCAGCCUGAUGUCUAGACCAACCAACGACGACCAAUGGGAGAGUGGUCUUCGAGUUGGACGCGCCGGACUCAGUCCGUUUUACAUAAUGGUUAAAAAAAAAAAAGUACUGAGGAAUUGGAAAAUAUACUUUAAAAGUGCAACAAUCAUCUUGUAAAGUCUUUGUAAAAACGGGAGGGAGGUGGAACCAAUGAAAUGACGGAGUGAACUCACAUGCACAGGCUGGCCCUGUCCAAAAAGAACAAAGAUAUUUUUCCAUUCUUCAUUUUUUAUUUAUUUAUAUUUUGUAUUCAAUGGCAUGCUGUGGGUCCCGGUGAUGCUGUUUGAGCCGUGGACUGUCCCCUCGAGUGGUGAUUUGCACAAAGGCUUCCAGUUCAUGGUCGCACCAAAUUCCUCGACAUUGCCUAGCAACAGUUCAGCACAGGAAGCGGAGCGACUGGCUCUGUGGCCGUGGACGGAGACGGUUGGCUCACAAGCACAUCCCCACAUCCAUUAUUACGGUGUCAGGUACGCAUUGUGUGCGUGCGCGUGUGUGUGUGUGUUGUUUUUUUUCGCCAGGCUUGUUGAAUAAAACAUUUCGCGAUACGUUUCUUCGGGUUGAGGAGCUGAUGCCAGACCUCUUGCUGGUGAACGGAUGGGAGAGGUGGCUCACAGACCAUUAAUAUGCAGCCUUUGUGUUGUAGUCAGUGUUUGGUACAGUGGUGCAGUCAAACCUAAGCAUGUCCUAUUAAAGUUGUAUGAUUGUACAUACUGUAUGUCUUUUGUUUUGUAACCAGUCAGACGCUGUUGAUGCAGGUAUUUAUUUGCUGCUCUGUUUCCAGAUUGACACGUCUAAAUCUAUUUUGACGUUUAUUUCUACGUUGGUUUUUUGUUUUUGCUGUGUUAAAUAAAGCUUUCCUUGUCUGACA